UGUGCGUCUGGGCGGUGGAUGGAGCGGGUUGUGUGUGUUGGUUUAUGGCGGGGGUAUGUGCGUGCCUCCUAAGGAUGGAUGGAAGGUGUGUGCACACGGGUGUGUUGGUGGAUGGAGCCCGCUCCAGAGAUAUCCAGGGCUGGGGCUGAAGGGGAUGGAGAGGAGGAAAAAAAAAAAAAAAAAAAAAAAAGGACAAUCCACCUCGUCCAUCUGGGAUUUCAAGCAAAUGAGUGUCCCCAGAGCUGGUCCUCUCUGUCCUGGCUAAGUGGGGAGACCUGAGAGCCUGACUCAGCCUGGGAGGCGGGUGGGCAGCGCAGCUCCUAGCAGCCUAGGUGAACCCAGGGAGAGGGUGGGGCUUGGAGACGCCUGAGGCGGGGGAGGCAGGAAGGGCUCUCUUUUCUCCUCUCUCUGGACUCCAGCAUUAGCCUCCUAGAAUCCACAGAGGCGGAGGGAGGUCUGACCUCGCUGAGUUCGGAGUAGGAAGAGCUGGACUCCUCGCCCCGCGGCAGCUGGUGCUCCUCAGCCCUUUCCGAGUGUGCCACCGCUGUCUCUGCAUCUGCAGCCGCUGCCUCCCCGCAGCGUGCCCACCUGCCACUCCAGCAGGUCCCUUGCUUGGCAACAUGAGCUGUGUUUACAGAAGAUGGUGGUACCUCCAGCUGAGCAGCAUACUCAUGAUGAACCUGGUCACUGCCAAUUUUGAAAUUCAAAAGCAAGCUCUUGCGAGCAUCAGUUCGGGGAACCUAGAAGAGAUUGAUCAUGAGUGCUGGGAGCUUUGUUCCAUGAUGUUGAUAGAAAUGAAAAAACUGAAGAUAGCAAAUACUGUUCCUGGAUUUUGGAACUUUAUGAUGUUCUUGCAGAAAUCCAACAGACCUCGUCAUUAUAAUAUCUUCGUCAACUUAGCCCAGGAUUUCUGGAGUAUGUAUGUAGACUGUGCGCUGUCAAGGGCUCAUGGAAUGGGAAGAAGACAACUGACCAUCCCCCAGGGUUGGAUCUUACAACGCAUUGGUUCUCGGAGCAUGGGAGAGAAGACUAUUAAAACAUCAAACAGGAUGAUGUCAGUGUGAGAUGACAUCCUGCUUUCUACUGGGGAAAACCUGAGCUGUCCAUGUCCUCGGUAUCUUUUCAAGAGGCCUCAUAUUUUCUGACAGUAUUGAUGUUUGAAAAAGUAUCCCAAAAACCAUGAUCUCCCUUCUCCUUUCUUUAAAAAUAGGCCAUGCCCCCCCCCUUUUAUUUAAUCUCUGGGUUGAUUUAGCUCUUUGAAUUUGACCUCUGAGUUUCCUCAGGUAACUUGUUAGCAUUGAGUCAGUUUCUUUAUUUUUGGCAUGGCCUUUUUUUAAAAAAAUAACACCCUUUUGUUGGAUUGGGAACCUUAACUGCAAAUGGUAGUUGCUGUAGCUUUGUAUAUUCACCAAGGAAGCAACAUGGCAGCCAUCGUUUUCUAAAGCAUCGUGUUUGAUUAUUCAUUUAAAAAGAAAGAUUAUUAAAAUGAAAUGAAAUUAAAAUUUAAUUUAAAAAGGGAUGUUUAAGCUCAAUGAAGUU